GUUGCACAGGACAGAUGCAGGCAGAGCUACAAUCUCUAUAUCACAAGAAAAUCUGUCAUUGAAAUGGAUGUCCCGAAACCCUGCUCUUUCAACUGUCGAUGCACAUUGUUCAGUUACCUCGAGCGUAUCAAGAUGCCUCAUUGGCAGUACGAGGGCGAAUAUUUUGAGCUGUCGCCCCACAAACCAAAGGCCUACUGGGCUAAUUUUCCAGCCUUAUUCGGGUUCCGAUCUCGCAAAUCAGGGGCUUGUCACUAUGAAGACAUAUUCUUUCAGGUCGGCUGGACGUCGGACAUCACGGAUCCUGCGACAGGCAAAGUGGCCACAGCCCUGUGGCAGGUCGCAUGUGAUGUCCAUGACCAAAAUAUACCCUGCGACAAAGUUGAUUGGAAUUGGCGUUGCACAUGUUUGCGAUCGCGAGUGGGCAAUAAAAACCGACACGUGUUUAGGCCUGGGCAAUGUGAAGAACGCCACAAGAUACCCAAAGUUCCCAAAAAGAGCAGCUCACAAGCAAAGAAGCAUAGAUUAGAUGCAGCCGGCUCUGAUCAGCCGACAGAGCAGUGCCUCGCGUACGCUACCCACGGAGUCACUCAUGCCGAUGAUACAGCUCACGCUGACGCAUCGACUUCAGGCCAAGCAGCAUUGGCGGGCGACAUUGCAAAACCUGCCACGGCAGACAUGCGACUGAAUCCAAAUGACUGGGAGAAUUGGAUAGCAACAAUGUCGAAUGUGGAGCAGAAUCCACAAACCGGGAUGCCAGUAGAUCGAAACGUCCUGGCAGUACAGUCCUGCAACAACCUUGGUCUCGAUAAUUAUCCAGGGUUCAAUCAACCACAUGACGAAGUAUGCGCUUUGCAAGACCAUGAAGGUCAGAGGCAAGGGGAUCAGGAGGGUGGCCGUGAUAGUAAUCAGGGUGAUAAGUUCGUCGAUUACGGUGCCAACUGCUGGGCUGAGGCGCCG